ACGCCCUCUGGUCCCACCUCUCUGAGACAGCCCGUCCCCCCUUCCCAGUCGGCCAAACCCCCGCCCCUCACUCCGCUCUCCCUGCUUUCUCACACUGCACACUCGGGAACAGAGACACGGAAUGGAUACGGAAGGGAGCCAGAGCAGCCUGUCCUCCGCGGACUCCCCUCACGAUCCCUGCAAAAUGUUCAUCGGCGGUUUGAGCUGGCAGACGACGCAAGAAGGUCUAAAGGAGUACUUUAGUAAAUUUGGCGAGGUGAAGGAGUGUAUGGUGAUGCGGGAUCCGGUUACAAAGCGAUCGAGGGGCUUCGGGUUUGUCACUUACGUAGACCAGGCUGGCGUGGAUAAAGUUUUGGCUCAACCCAGACAUGAAUUGGAUUCUAAAACUAUUGACCCAAAAGUGGCAUUCCCUCGCAGAGCUCAGCCAAAGUUGGUGACUCGCACCAAGAAAAUCUUUGUUGGGGGCCUGUCAGUCAACACGACUAUUGAAGAUGUGAAGCAGUAUUUUGAUCAAUUUGGAAAGGUUGAUGAUGCCAUGCUCAUGUUUGAUAAAACGACUAACAGGCACAGAGGUAAGACUGCGUAACCUCAGGUCAGUCUGUUCCCAUCUGUACACAAUGUGGUUAGUUUCAGACGGUUUACAAACAGUGUGUUUAAAAAGAAACAAAUAAACAUAAACAGCUGAAGGACAGUACAGAUUUUCCCAAAAACUUUGAGAAGCCCUAUUUGUUCUCAGGUACCACUAACGGCUUGGAUAGCUGUUCCGCCUCUUCACCUUUCCUCUCUCCUUCUGAUGGUUCCUCCUUUCUCCCCUGCCUGCUCUUCUCCCUGUUUCUGCCCACUCAUCAUCCUCCUUCACCCAACACCACCCCUUCCCUCUUCACCUAUCCUCUU